AUGUCCUGGUGGAGCCUGGCCGCCAUCCUAACCCGCGCGGCCUGGGUGGGCGGCUUUCUCUUAUCUGUUGUCGUUGGUCUUUUAUGGUUUUUCCAAGAGAAGCUCGUCUUCUACCCUGCAGUUCCAAAAGGAUAUGAGACUCCGGAUAAAAAUCCAAAGGGACUACAUCAUCCCGGAGAAAGAAAUUUACCAUAUGAAGAUGUUUAUAUUCGGACGAGCGAUGGAUUAACUCUUCACGGGUGGCUCUUGCGCCAGCCUAACGCUCGACAAGCACCUACCUUCCUUUACUUUCAUGGAAAUGCCGGCAACAUCGGAUUUCGGCUACCGAAUUUGGAGUUGAUGUUCCGCAUGGUUGGUGUGAAUAUUCUGAUAAUAUCGUACAGAGGGUAUGGGUACAGUGAAGGCUCACCCACGGAGGAGGGCGUGUACACAGACGCGGAGGCCGCCUUAGACUUCCUCUUGGAGAAUAAGACGGUUAACAAUAGAGAUAUUUUUGUCUUUGGCCGCAGCAUUGGAGGAGCAGUGGCGAUAGAGCUUGCAAGACGUAGAAGUGAUGAGUUGAAGGGGAUUGUGGUUGAAAAUACGUUCACGUCGCUCCUGGAGAUGUUGUACAUUGUUUUUCCCUUUUUGGGGCCAUUCAACCUGCUGGUAAAAGCCGUGCAGCGCAUGUACAUGUUGAAUGACGAGAAGGUUCGCACACUAACUCUACCUGUUUUAUUCAUUUCUGGCCGCCAAGACAAGCUUGUACCUCCUUCGCAUAUGGACGUGUUAUACAGUAGCUGUGGUGCGCGUCUGAAGCUGAGAGAAGAUGUUGAAAAUGGCGGCCACAACGACACGUGGGAAGUUGGGGGUCAAAGAUACUACAACAGACUUCGCGAGUUCGUGCAGGUGGCGCUUCCGGCGUCGACGUCUUCUGAAGUCAGCCGUGCCUCGGGGGCCCAUUCCACCAUCAGCGACACGUCAACAGAUGUUUCGUUGAGGCGGUUACAGUGCAGCUCCGCUGCAAAGGAGAAAGCCGUGUGCACAUAA